AUAUUCCAUAUAGCUAUCAAAUUCAGGACUCAUGACCUGAACAAACUAAGAACAUCCCAGUUUUCCCUCACCAUCCCCUUUCUCUUCAAAACCAAAGCUACUCCGUAAACCAACCAAAAAAAAAAAAAAAAUGGCAGAGGGUGCUGUGUUCGAACUUCUAUCCAACUUCACUCCCUAUCUCCAAGAAAAGUUGAACUUGUUGAGCGGAGUACGGGAAGACAUCGAAUACAUAAGAGACGAAUUUGAGCGCAUGACACAUUUCCUCAGAGUUGCUGAUGCUAUAGAAGAUAGAGACCCAAAAAUCAAAGUAUGGGUGAAGCAAGUUCGAGAAGCUGCAUAUGACACUGCUGAUGCUCUUGACAUGUACAUGUUGCGCCUCAAACAUCAUCAUAGCACCGGAUUCCAUACGUUUGUAUGUAAGGUUUCUUUCGUUAUUAAGACUUUAAAAGCUCGCCACCAAAUUGCUUCUGAAGUAAAAGGAAUCAAGUCCAGAAUCAUCAAUAUUUCUGUGGGAAAUCAAAGAUAUAGUGAAAUGUAUGGCAAAAUAGAGCAAGGCACAAUCUCUACCUAUUCAGUCCUACCAUGGUAUGAUUGUCGUGGCGACGCCCUUCUACUCCAAGAAGCUAACCUUGUGGGCAUUGACAAGCCCAAAUCACACUUGAUUCAGUGGCUAGUGGAUGAUGAUCCUCAUCUGAAGGUGCUUUCUGUAGCAGGAACAGGCGGAUUGGGCAAAACCACCCUUACAAAAAAAGUAUACGACGAUGCAACAGUGAAGAGGCACUUCCAGAACCAUGCUUGGAUCACCGUUUCUGAAUCAUUCAAGGUUGAAGAGCUUUUAAAAGACAUGAUUCGCGUUCUCUUUGAAGAUGUCAAGCAACCAGUCCCACAAGGAGUGGACAGUAUGGAUGCAAAUAGCUUAAAAUGUAUAAUUAAUGCCUUUUUGCAGCAAAAGAGGUAUGUGCUUGUUUUUGAUGAUGUAUGGCAUAUUGAUGCAUGGCAAGUUUUAAGAAUCGUACUUCCUGAAUGCAAUCACGGCAGUCGAGUAAUUUUGACAACAAGAAAUGUCGAUUUAGCUUCUCUUGCUAGUGAAGAAUAUCAUGGCAUGGUGUAUAAACUCAAGCCCUUGACUCCAAAAGAGUCAUGGGCCUUGUUCUGCCCAAAGACAUUCAGGGAGAAUUCUUGUCCUUCAUAUUUGAAAGAUCUUUCUAAAAAAAUCUUGGCAAAAUGCGAGGGGUUACCACUUGCAAUAGUGGCAAUUAGUGGUUUGUUAUCAACAAAGGAGAAGAGUGCAGAUGAGUGGGAGAGGAUUUACCAUGGCUUGGGUGCCGAACUAGAAGGAAAUGACAAACUCAUGAGCAUGAAAAAGAUAUUGUCCCUCAGUUACUUUGAUUUGCCUUGGUAUCUUAAGCUAUGUUUUUUGUACUUGAGUAUUUUUCCAGGAGAUUGUCUCAUUGAUCACUGGAGAUUAAUUCGGUUGUGGGUGGCAGAAGGAUUUGUAGAAGUGAAAGAAGGACUGACAAGAGAAGAAGUUGCUGAGAGCUACCUCAAUGAGCUAAUAAACAGAAGUUUAGUUCAUGUGACACAAAUCAGGCAAGAUCAAAGGUCCAAAGCUUAUUGGAUCCAUGACCUUUGGCGUGAAAUGAUAAUUGCAAAGUCAAGAGAGCAAAACAUUGUCACAAUAGCAAGUGAAAGUGGUAGAGCUUGGCCUGAGAAAUUGCGACGCCUCUCGGUCCACCAUAAUUUGGAAGAUAUUCAAGAAAGUAUUUGUUUCACUCGCCUUCGUUCAUUACUCGUGUUCAGUGCAAUAGAUUCAGUGUCCAUUUUUUCAAAGCUUGCAUCCUUAGGCGAGGGUGUAAGGCUACUAACAGUGUUAGACUUCAGCGGAGCACAAUUGGAAACAUUCCCGCAUGAAGUUGUGAACCUCCUUAAUCUUACUUAUCUAAGUUUGAGGGCGACCAAUGUAAAACUGAUCCCGAAAUCAAUCGGAAAGCUCAAGAAGCUAGAAACAUUGGAUUUGAAACAAACGAAUGUCACCGAGUUGCCUGAUGAGAUCUUGAAGCUCAAACAUCUUCGCCAUCUCUUGUUGUAUCGCUGCAACGUCGACGACCAGAUUUAUAUUCCUUUUAAAUGUGUAAUUGGCUUCAAAGUCCCGGCGGGAAUAGGAAGUUUGUUGUACUUGCAGAAACUAUGUGCUAUUGAUGCCUCUAUUAGCAUUGUGCUAAGAGAGGUGGAGAAGCUAACUCAACUGAGGAGAUUGUUCAUUGUAAGGCUACAGAAGGAAGAUGGAACUAUGCUAUGUUCCUCCCUAGAGAAGCUAAACAACCUUCGCUCGUUGUCCAUUGUGGCAAUAGAAGAAGAUGAGAUCAUUGAUUUAGAUUCUUUGUCUUUGCCGCCUCGACUUCUUCGAAGCCUCUUCCUAGGUGGACGUUUGGAGAAGAUGCCGCACUGGAUACCAUCUCUUCACAACCUGAAAAGAUUACGGUUAUGGUGGAGUAAGUUAAAAGAUGUUGAUCUGCUGCAAUCCCUUCAAGAUUUGCCCAAUUUGCUUUGCCUUGAACUUAGCACAGCAUAUGAAGGUGAUGGAUUGUUUUUCAAGGCUGGUGGGUUUCAAAAGCUUAAACAAUUGUGGUUGGUUCGCUUAGGAGGAUUGAAAUGGGUGAGAGUGGAAUCUAACUCGAUGCCUCUUCUUGAAGAGCUAUAUCUCCGAGACUGUAAAUUGAUGAUGGAGUUGCCCUCAGGUGUUGAACAUUUGGCCAACCUUAAAUAUCUUGAAUUCAGUGAUAUGUCUGUAACAUUUGUUUCGAACUUGAAUAGAGACUUACAAAGGUGGGGACUAUUGGAAGAUUGCACACGCCCCUAAGGUUUGAAUUGGGGUCGCCAAAUCUGGUUAUUUUACCAGUCGUUAUCUACCGUAGAACGAGAGGGGAUCAGGAUCUUCGAGAUUGAAUUAUCCCCGCUAUUAUUGUGCCCUUUUUUCCCACAUAUUUUUUUUGCGUUUGUGAGAGCUUGAAAACUUGUUUGUAUGAUCA